UAUUUAAAUAUAUAUAUCUAUAUAUGUAUUUAUCUAAAGGGGGGGAACCCAAGAUGGCUGGAGGUGGCUGUGAGGAGCAUGUAGGGUUUUUUUAAUCUAAUGAUAAAAGCUAAAAGGCACAGCAGCUGCGGCUGUAUAAACUCAAUUUAGAGCCCUCCCCUUCCCUCCUCCUUCUCUCCCCCCCCCCCCACUGACACAUCAGGCACACACUUUGCAGGGUGGUGCCAUCCACCGGGCCUCCCCCCCUCUUCUUUAACAGAUUUGUUUCUGUUUUCUCUAAUUAAAAAUAUUCACCAGGGUUUUUUUGUUUUGUUUUUUAAAAAAAGAGCUCAAAAUGGCUGAGGAUUGACUGAGUCUGCCUGGAAUUGUACAUAUCAGCAGUUCCCUUUAAGCCUCUGAGUGUCUCUUUUCUCCCCCCUCCCCUUUGCAGGCUGGUUCCAAAAGGAGAAAUAGCUUUCAUGUCAGAAGGAAAACAGAGAAGCAAAGGGGAAGAGGCGGGGGCUGGGCUCUUCAUUAGCAGUUGAGAAAUUCCUUUUCAGUUUGAUCAAGGCAUACUUGUUUUCCUUCCAGCAAGAGCAACCCAUCACUCUCAAAAGACUGAGGAUUUUGGAGAGGGGAGUCCUGUUUCCAUUUUAGUCUUAUUAAAAUCACAACCAAGACUGAUUUUGAGAAGAAGAAAUCCCAGGGUGUACAGGGAGCAGGUUGAUUCUCUUGGUUGAAUUCAGUGGUUUCCAGCCUCCUUUAUUCCCCCCCCCCCUUCUCAUUCCUAUUUGUGAAAGGAGCAAAGGAUGGGAGGGUCCCUUUGGCUCUGGGCUGGAAUUUCAUCUGAAUGACUGACCCGUCUUCCUACUGAGAUUGCACUGUCCCAGCGCCAGCAAAGAUUUUUUUCCCCCCUGCACCAUUCAACUGCUUUAGAAACUAAUUCUGAUUUUUUUUCUUCUGCUUUUUAAAAAAACUCCCAUUUGGAUUUUCUCUCUUUGUUGUUAAUUUAAAGAAAGAAUUCUCUUGGGUUUAGUCAGGAGGGAUAAAAACUCUUAAAUAUUGAACAUUGGACAGAAAGCUGUCAUAACAUACUGAAUUCACAGUUUUAACUUGGGCAGCUUAUAUGGAACUUGGACUCCCUCCUUCUGGAUUUUGUAUGGAUUAUUUUUGGUUUUGGCAACUUAGUGGCCUUUCUCUUGCAAAAGUGGAGAAUCAUCAUCUGCGCCGGUAGACCAAAAAUUGACUUUUUAAAAGAGAAUUUUCUUAAACAGAAAUUUCUGUGGUGUGAGAUAUGGCUGAAAACUGGAAGAACUGUUUUGAAGAAGAACUUAUAUGUCCCAUUUGUUUGCAUGUCUUCGUGGAACCUGUUCAGCUUCCUUGUAAGCACAAUUUUUGUAGGGGAUGCAUAGGAGAGGCAUGGGCCAAAGAGACAGGGCUGGUGCGUUGUCCUGAAUGUAACCAGGCCUAUAACCAAAAGCCCAACCUUGAGAAGAACUUAAAGUUGACCAACAUCGUAGAGAAGUUCAACUCGCUCAACCUGGAAAAGACCCCAACAGUCUUACAUUGUGUUUUCUGCCGCCGGGGGCCACCUUUGCCUGCCCAGAAGAUCUGUUUGAGGUGUGAGGCUCCAUGCUGCCAGUCCCAUGUUCAGACACACCUGCAGCAGCCCUCCACAGCACGUGGGCACCUCCUGGUGGAGGCGGAUGACGUCAGGGCCUGGAGCUGCCCCCAGCACAAUGCCUACCGGCUGUACCACUGUGAGGCUGAACAGGUUGCAGUUUGUCAGUUCUGUUGUUACUACAGUGGGGCACACCAAGGACACUCCGUAUGUGAUGUGGAGAUCCGGCGCAAUGAGAUCAGGAAAAUGCUUGUGAAGCAGCAAGACCGUCUGGAAGAGCGCGAGCAAGACAUUGAGCAGCAGCUGUACAAAUUGGAGUCUGACAAGCGGCUGGUUGAAGAGAAGGUGAACCAGCUGAAGGACGAGGUGCGCCUACAGUAUGAGAAGAUGCACCAGAUCCUUGAUGAGGAUUUGCGCAAGACUAUGGAGAUCCUAGACAAGGCUCAGGCUAAAUUCUGUAAUGAGAAUGCUGCCCAGGUGUUGCACCUCAGUGAGCGCAUGCAGGAAGCUAAGAAGCUGCUCAGCUCCGUUCAGGUCAUGUAUGACAAGACCGAGGACAUCAACUUCAUGAAGAAUACCAAGUCGGUGAAAAUCUUAAUGGAUAGGACCCAAAACUGCACAGGAGGCAGCCUGCCCCCUCCCAAGAUUGGCCAUCUCAACUCCAAGCUCUUCCUGAAUGAGAUUGCCAAGAAGGAGAAACAGUUGAGGAAGCUGCUGGAAGGUCCUUUCAGCACCCCGGUGCCCUUCCUGCAGAGCAUUCCCAUGUACCCUUGCAGUGUCAGCAACUCAGGAGCUGAGAAACGCAAGCAUGCCACGGCUUUCCCAGAAGGUAGCUUCCUGGAGCCAUCCUCGGGACCUGUUCCCAGCCAGUAUGUGAGCCAGGGGGCUUCAGCUGGUGAAGGCCAGUCUGCACAAUCCAUGGUGCCUUGUAGCUCCACCCAGCACAUAGUAGGACUCCCCAGUGGCCCCCAGCCUGUUCACUCCAGCUCGAUGUUCAACCCUUCCCACUACCCCAACAGCACAUCAUCUCAGCAGUCUGUGCUGUCUCAGUAUGGUGGGCGCAAAAUCCUGGUCUGCUCAGUGGACAACUGUUACUGUUCCUCAGUAUCCAAUCACAGUGGGCAUCAACCAUACGCCCGGUCGGGUCACUUUCCAUGGACAGUGUCAUCCCAGGAGUAUUCCCACCCACUCCCACCUGCUCCAUCUGUACCUCAGUCACUUCCGGGAUUGGCAGUGAGAGAAUGGAUUGAUGCAUCUCAGCAACACGGACGGCAGGAUUUCUAUAGAGUUUAUGGUCAGCCUUCCACCAAACACUAUGUCACCAGUUAACCAUCUGGCUUGAAUAGAAUCUUGCUGAUUUUUGAAGUUUUUUUAAGUCUAGAAUUGGUUGUUCUUUUUAAAUCAAAUCCAUUUCACUUAUCUCUACCACAUGCCGCUGUCUGAGAGGGAUAUUGCUGUCUUCUCUAGUUUUAAAUUAAUUUUUUAAAAGUCCUCCCUUGUACCAGGAUUGGGGCAGGAGGGGAGCUGCAGAAGAAAUUAACAAGGAUUCCAAUCAAGCAUCUACUUCUGGAUCAUGUGACCUUGCUACCUUACAGUAUGGAAAACUUUUAAAAGGGACAAACAAUCCUUUUCAUUUUCAAAGUCUCUAGGCUCUUUGGUUUUGCUUUUAAAAUUCUUUUUCCUUCCCAUUUUUUAAGAAUUUCUAUCAUUGAUUCAUUAAAAAUGAUACUUGUAGAUUUUUUAAAGGCUUUUUUAUGUUAAAAGGCCACGUAUCAUGCAUAUUGGCAUUUUUCUUCUUUCAGAGAUUUGUAAAUACACAAUGGCAGAAAUGAAAUGCACAAAAAAAGGGAAAAGAAACUUUUAAAAAAAUAAGAAAUUAAAAAAAAAUCUGUUUUAGUUUCCUGGAGGGAAGUGUGCGCCAAGAUGGACACAUUGCUUCCUAUGUUUCGUUGAUGCAACUUCCUCUAACAAGCACUUUGUAUUAAAAAAAAGUGAACUUCCUGUUAUAAGGCGCAGGUAUUUAUUCUGUAACCAAUUUUAGAACACACACAAAAAUAUUCAAAUAAAUGUGAUCACUUAGUGCAAA